AUGGGUAAAGCAAGAAAGACUAGAAAAUUCGCUUCAGUUAAAAGAAUAAUCAACAGUAAGAACAUCAAGAAAGAUGAUAAAGCUAUAAUUAAGAAAGAUGAUCCAGAAUUAACCAAAUCUAUUCCUCAAGUUUCAUCAUCCUUAUUCUUCCAAUAUAAUCAAAGUAUUAAACCACCAUAUCAAAUUUUGAUCGAUACCAAUUUCUUCAAUUUUUCAAUCCAAAAGAAAAUCGAUAUCGUCCAAGGUUUGAUGGAUGUUACUAUGGCCAAAUGUAUACCUUUAGUUACUGAUUGUGUCAUGGCUGAAUUGGAAAAAUUAGGAAGUAAAUAUAGAAUUGCAUUGAAAUUAGCCAAAGAUCCUAGAAUUAAAAGGUUGACAUGUAGUCAUAAAGGUACAUAUGCUGAUGACUGUAUUGUUAAUAGAGUCAUCCAACAUAAAUGUUAUAUUGUUGCUACUAAUGAUGCCGAUUUAAAAAGAAGAAUAAGAAAAGUUCCAGGUAUUCCUAUUAUGGGAGUUGGUGCCAGGGCAUAUGUCAUCGAAAGAUUACCAAACGUCUUUUAG